AUGGAAAUGUGGAUGCCAUUUGUUAUAGAAUCGCUACAUUUUGUGCCCACCUUGAUAUCUCCCAUAUCAUAUGAAGUAGACUGGAAGUCUGUAGUGUUGUCGCAGCCAUUGUCUUUUGGGAAAACCCUUCUUUUGAUGGCUUCAGAUGUAUGCAGAGUUGCUGAGAUAUCAACUGUGAAUAGUUCUUCAUGUUCACGACUGGUGGCUCGACAAAGAAAGGGGGAACUCCAACGACUAAAUGAACAACUGCGUCAGAUUAAUGCAGCUCUUAGAAGACAAGCGAAAAUUGAGUCAUAUGCCCCUAGCUUAAGCUAUGCCCCAGCUAAUAACAGAAUCCCGGAGACUGAAGUAAUAAUUGAUCCAAAGACAGAGGAGUUGAUUUCUCAUCUCAAGGCUAAGAAGACUUAUCUAAGAAACCAAGAACCAGAGAAAGCAUACACAGAGUUUAAGGUUGCUCUGGAACUCGCUAAGAAUUUGAAUGAUCCUGUCAAGGAAAAGAAAGCUGCAAGAGGUUUAGGUUAG